UAUAAUUUUUUUUUGUCAUUUUUAGAUAUCCCAUAUAUUGGUAGAUUUAUAAAAUGAGUACUUUGGUGGACACAUUAGAUCCUCCUCCACCAUGCAAUACAAUACAACCUGUUAUACAUAGAACUCUGCUUUAUAAUGGUUCAAAAUUCCGUGGACAUCAAAAGAGUAAAGGAAGUUGCUAUGAUGUUGAAGUUACUUUGCAGCAAGUUGAUUUGGAUACUUCCUAUCUCUGCGGCUAUUUAAAAAUAGAUGGAUUAACGGAGGAUUUCCCAACUAUGACAACAUUUUUUGAUGGUGAAAUAAUCAGUGAACGAUAUCCUUUCUUGACAAGAAAAUGGGAAGCUGAUGAGGAAGUAGACAAAAAACAUUGGGGAAAAUUUACAGCAUUCAGUCAGUUCGAAAAGAGUUUCAACACAGAUGGUUUUGAUUAUAAAGAACUUUGUGAUAGUGAUUAUAUUUUCAUGAGAUGGAAGGAGCAUUUUUUGGUUCCUGAUCAUAAAAUUCAGGACAUAAAUGGUGCAUCAUUUGCCGGAUUUUACUAUAUUUGUUUUCAAAAGUCAACUGCUUCUAUUGAAGGAUAUUACUAUCACAGAACAUCAGAAAUGUAUCAGUCACUCAACUUGAAGCAUGUUCCUGAAUUAUGUACAGCCAUAUACUUGAUGAGAUGAUGAACGAUUGUUUUUUAACAUACCCUCGUCUGGAAUUGGGAAUGUUUGUGGUUUUGCGCCACAGACUGGUCGUUUGCUUGAAUGGAUUGGUUGCGAACCUCACAAGCGGGAUAGUAUAGCAAUCAUACAUUUGCUGAAGUUUUAUGUUAUUCACCAUAAAUAAUCCAUCAACAAAAUAUGCACUCUUCUCAGGCGAUGUUUUGAGACAACAAAUUGUGUCGUUACUGCUGAUUAAUUCUCACUUGUCUAUGUACUAAUGAUAAGUUAUAAAAUUGAAGAGGACAUUGCA